AUAAUCUCCAGUACUCGCUCCUCAUUGUCCUAUACAUAGGGCGUAGAGACUUGAUAAAGGAUAGCGACCUUUACUUCUUCCAGUAUUGCCCAGCCCGGCUCCAGUCUGUAACGAUCGGCGCCCACAAUUGCGACUUACAACACCGAUAUCCGCUGGCAAUACAGAUAUCAAUUUCCAAAGUGAAAUCUAGCCUCAAUCUCUUGACAACAAGCUUAGCGCAAGAACGUCAACAAACGACAGCGUUUUUACUCGUGUUCUGUACUAUCUAGUAGUGCGUUGUCGCAUUCAGCUUCCAUUAACCCCGCCCCCCACCGGUCGUUCGCAACGCCAUCCGUCAUUAUGAGCCAAGCAUCAGACGCUUUUUGGCAGCCAUUCUCAUCAGGAGCUUUGAAGCUCCUUCCAAAGCGUGGUGUUGGCAUACGAGCUAAGAGUAAAAGGGCGGACAGAAUACCAGAUGAUCCCCAGAGACCACUUGUCACGGAUUAUCACUCAAUAAAUGAUCCUACUAUGCGUAUACGAGUGCCUAAAAAAUUCCUCACGCCAGUGAAGGUAGAGGCAAAGGUAUGGUUUGCCAAUGAGCGAACCUUCAUUUCCUAUCUUUCAAUGGGUUUGCUCCUUUCAACAAUUGCAUCUGGACUGCUUUUUGGCAGCAGAGACUCUUCUGCGAGAUGGUUUGCGUUUGCAUACGCGUUGAUUUCUGCAGGAGUUUUGAUCUAUGGAUGGGCUAUCUUCCAGAAACGCUUGACCAUGAUUUCCGCAAGGGAUUCGGGGAGCUUUGAUUUGUUAUGGGGGCCUAUAUUCAUCUGCUUUGCCCUUUUCAUCGCUAUUUUAGCCAAUUUCAUCUUUCGUCUUCACGAGGCACAACAACACACAGGUCUUAACCCUCUAUCUCUUAAAUAUGCUUGGAACGAAGCGGGCAUGAAGAAUGCCUGAAUGAAGGAGUAGUAGUUCUGUCAUCGAAGCGAACGACAGUCGUACAGUCUAAUCGUUAUCAUGUACCAAUUGCUGCUGCUAUCCAUCAUAUUCUGCAUCAAGAUGUGACCAGGG